GCGGGGCCGGGGGUGCGGGAGCGUGAGUGUGCGCGUGUCCGUGUGCGUGUCCGUGUGCGUGUCCGUGUGCGUGUGCAAGGCUGCGCGUGGGCCCCCGUGCCUCUAUGUGGCUGCGCGUGUGGAUGCGCGCGCGGUGCGUGUGCCCUUUCCUCCCUUCUUCCUCCCUUUCUUUCUUUUCUCCUUGACUCGUCUCCCCCUCUCCCCGGUCAUCCCAUGGUGUUCAGGUCCCCGCUCGAGCUCUAUCCCACCCAUUUCUUCCUGCCGAACUUCGCCGCCGACCCGCACCACCGCUCCCUCCUUCUCGCCAGCGGCGGCAGCGGCAGCGGCUCGGGCUGCAGCCCCGGGGCCGGCGGCGGCGGCGGCAGCUCCCGGGCGCCCCACGAAGAGUUGUCAAUGUUUCAGCUGCCCACGCUCAACUUCUCCCCGGAGCAAGUGGCCAGCGUCUGCGAGACGCUGGAGGAGACCGGAGACAUAGAGAGGCUCGGGAGGUUCCUCUGGUCGCUGCCGGUGGCGCCGGGGGCAUGCGAGGCCAUCAACAAGCACGAGUCCAUCCUGCGGGCCCGGGCCGUGGUCGCCUUCCACACGGGCAACUUCCGAGACCUCUACCACAUCCUGGAGAACCACAAAUUCACCAAGGAGUCCCACGGCAAGCUGCAGGCCAUGUGGCUCGAAGCGCACUACCAGGAGGCCGAGAAGCUAAGGGGGCGCCCGCUGGGGCCGGUUGAUAAAUACAGGGUGAGGAAGAAGUUUCCGCUGCCCAGGACCAUUUGGGAUGGAGAGCAGAAGACGCACUGCUUCAAGGAGAGGACUCGCAGCCUCCUGAGGGAGUGGUACCUGCAGGACCCUUACCCCAACCCCAGCAAGAAAAGGGAACUGGCUCAGGCCACUGGGCUCACCCCCACGCAAGUAGGCAACUGGUUCAAAAACCGAAGGCAAAGAGACAGAGCCGCGGCGGCUAAAAACAGGCUCCAGCACCAGGCCAUAGGACAGAGCGGCAUGCGGGCCCUGGCCGAGCCCGGCUGCCCGGCGCACAGCGCGGCCGAGUCCCCGUCCACGGCGGCCAGCCCGACCACGAGCGUCUCCAGCCUGACAGAACGAGCCGAGACGGGCACGUCCAUCCUCUCGGUAACCUCCAGCGACUCGGAAUGUGAUGUAUGAUAGCGGAAACAAACAAACAAACAAACAAACAAACAAAAACAGCAAA